UCAUGAAACUGUUCGUUUUUCUUCUGUUACCGCACCUCUCUCUGAGUGAGGUUGGGCAGAAUUUUAAUAAGUGCAAUCAGUUCUUUUUGAGUAACAGCCCUCCUCAGUUUACACCAGCACUGAGCUCAUCAGCACACAUCUGUCAGUGUCUUUGGGACAACAAUGAUAAACCAAUUUAUCUUUAUGCAACUUUAUACAAUACAGCAUGGAGGAUCCCCAUCUACUCUGCGUAUGUGUUGAAGAGCCCACACAUGGGCAGGUGUGACGCCUGGUUCAUCGAACCUCAGCUGGAUAGUAUAAAUGAGCCAUGCAUGAGAGCUGAAGGACCCAAUAAUGGUAAUAACCAGGCUGUGAAUAGUGACUAUGAAAAGUCUAAUUAUGACAAAGGUCACCUCUACCCGGUGCAGCACACAAACAAUCAUCUGUCCAUGCUGGCCACCUCCACCCUGACCAACGCCGCACCACAGGAUCUAACCUUCAAUCGGGGUCAAUGGAGUAAACACGAGACGGCUGUUAUUCUUGAUCUGCAGUCCUGUGAUGAAGCUUAUGUGGUGACUGGUGUAGUUCCUGAUACUAACAAAGGAAUUCCAAUAAGUAAACCAACAAAUAAUCCUAGAGUUACUGUCUCAAAGUAUUACUGGAGAGCCACCUGUUGUAAAAAGGGACCAACAUUUAUAGGGAAGGGUUACUUCGGUCCUGAUAACAAUGGCAAAGUGCAGUCAUUACCAAUUACAGGACCUACAGGCCUACAGCAAAAGCUGAUCAACGAUUACCAAGUGAAGGAUAUUAUCAUUUUCCCAGUCUUGCCUCCAGGCCACAAAAGACCUUUGACAGAUGUUUGUAACUAGUUUAGCUUUUAAUAAUGACCGGUUAUAAUAUUAUGAUAUUAUCAGCUACAUUAAUAUUUUGGUUUGAAUUAACUAUGCAGAGCUGAGAAAGUAGCCUAUUCUGUGAACCUAAAUCCUUAUUGUG